AUGAUAAGUAAUCAAGGUACUAAAAAUGCUGAGAAUAUUAGUAUCAAUGUCACCAAGGCCCAAGAAUUACCAGUAAGAUGUGGUCAAUGUGUCAACCCGAUCUCAUGCAUCACCUCCACCUCUAAGACUACUCCAGGUACAAGUGAUUCCCAAAGCUUAGGAAAUUCCAUGGUCUACUUAUUGAGGUGGCGUAAGGCAGUAGGAGGCUGCCUCGGUGGCCUUCUGCUUCUUCUUUCAUGCUUAAAAUUGCUAGUGAAAACAAAUGGGAUGACGGAGAGAGUUUUGGUGAUCAAAAACAACAACAACAAAGGGUUAGGGAUAUGCUCUCCGGUGGUAGCAGUGAAGGUUGGGGUGGUGGUAGUUUGGUGGCAGCAAGGUGGAUGCCACCUCUUCCUUCCCUUUUCUAGGCAGAAACAGAUGAGAGGGAGAUGUGAGGUGGUGUUUGGGGUGAUAUUUUUGAUCAGAAGAGGGAGUUUAGCUGGAGACCCCUACAAUCAACAAGAUCCAGAUUUAGAUGAGGAACCUUUCAAAGAUAGUGAAUCUAGUGGUACCGAUACGAAACCACAAGUCUAUAAUCCAGGGGAAUGUUCCCUUAGACAAGAUGAAGCAGAACCUAUACCACAAUAG